CCGGGCCCGCCCCGCGGCGCAUUAUGGGAUCUGUCAGCCCCACUGGAGCCGGACGCAGCCCUAGGUCAUGGGAAUCCAACCGAGCCCGGUCCUGCUAGCCUCUCUGGGGGUGGGGCUGCUGACUCUGUUCGGACUGGCUGUGGGUACCUAUCUGGUUCGAAGAUCCCGCCGGCCGAAGGUCACUCUCCAGGACCCGGAUGAGAAGUACCUGCUACGAUUGCUGGAUAAGACGACUGUGAGCCACAACACCAGGAGGUUCCGCUUUGCCCUGCCCACCGCCCACCACAUUCUGGGACUGCCUGUGGGCAAGCAUGUCUACCUCUCUGCCCGAAUUGAUGGAAGUCUAGUCAUCAGGCCUUACACUCCUGUCACCAGUGAUGAAGACCAAGGCUAUGUGGAUCUUGUCAUCAAAGUUUAUCUGAAAGGUGUGCACCCCAAAUUUCCCGAAGGAGGGAAGAUGUCUCAGUACCUGGACAGCCUGAAGAUUGGGGAUGUGGUGGAGUUCCGAGGGCCGAGUGGGCUGCUCAGUUAUGCUGGGAAAGGGAAUUUUAACAUUCAGCCCAACAAAAAAUCUCCACCGGAACUGCGAGUGGCAAAGAAAUUGGGAAUGAUUGCUGGUGGGACAGGAAUCACCCCAAUGCUGCAGCUGGUCCGGGCCAUCCUGAAAGUCCCCGAAGAUCCAACUCAGUGCUUUCUGCUCUUUGCCAACCAGACUGAAAAAGACAUCAUCCUACGGGAGGACCUAGAGGAACUGCAGGCCCAACAUCCUAACCGGUUUAAGCUCUGGUUCACUCUGGACCAUCCUCCAGAAGGUUGGACCUAUAGCAAGGGCUUUGUGACUGCUGACAUGAUCCAGCAGCACCUGCCCGCUCCAGCAGAGGAUGUGCUGCUGCUGCUCUGUGGGCCACCUCCUAUGGUACAGCUGGCCUGCCAUCCUAACCUAGACAAGCUGGGCUACUCACAAAAGAUGCGAUUCACCUACUGAGCGUCUCCAAGCCUCCCUGAUCCCAUGUGUGCAUUUGUCCCUAGUCAGUUCUUGACUACCAUGAGGCCUCAUGCCUGGGCUAAGAGCAUCAGCCUUUGGCAUCUCAUCCUGGAUCCUGGAUGCUUGCAUAAACGACAGUCCUCUAGCUAUGGGAGAGGCAGGUCAGGCUGAGUCACUCCCUGGAAGCCUCCCUUACCCUAAUCUCCAUGUGAUAAAAGGUUCAGAUGCAGCUCACAAGGAGCAGUCUCUUCUGUAGGGCCAGAAAAAAGGGAGUUAUAUCCAUUUGUCAUAAUUCUGGCUAGUUCCUGAGAACAUCAUGGGCUCACCUUCUUUGUGUCUGUAACGAGAGGAAUGGGAAAUGUACAUUGCACUCAAUGUUCAGCAUUUCACCCACUACUUACGUGAGUACAGGUUGAGUGGGGCCUAUAGAUAUAGUCCUACAGAAACUGAAUUAUUUCCCAGAAUUCUAAACCUCAGAGAAAGGAGUCUGACUACGUAUUUGCAUGUGUGUCUCUCAGCCCCUGCCCAGGUUAGCACGAAAAGUGUACCCACAACUUAAGACUGCUGCUUGUACAAGGGGUCUCUGGCUGUUCGAAAUAAAUGGAGCUGAGGCCCUGAUGAUCUCAAGGA